AUGGAAGAUGCUGAGAAAUUAUUCGAAUUUGGAUUAGAAUGCGUGGAAAAAGAAAACUUCGAUGAAGCAUUUGAACACUUUUCAAAAACUGCCGAUAUGGGCUUUAUUCAAGGAGUAUUCUGUGUUGG